GAUAAGAUUAGAUAGGACAGACUCCUCGAUCACAAAAUAAUUGAGCAGAUACACUUGAUUGGAUCAAUAAUUCAUUUGUCUACAUACACAAAUGACCACCUCGUACUUGAUAAACUACCUUCUCCUUGUGAUCUUUGCCACCACCGUUUGUUAUGGACACGAGCACGAAGAUUGCGAGCCAAAAAGAUGCGAUCAGAAGGGCGGCCCAGACGUUCUGUUCCCGUUUAGAUUGAUAGGCAAACAGCCCGAUGAGUGCGGUUACAAUGGGUUUGAGCUUUCAUGCACUAAAACCGGCGAAACUGCAAUGAAACUCCCAUUCCCAGUAAACCCAUCAAUCAACCAAACCAACCUUCCAAUUCUCCUGUCUCCCUCAUCAGUGAAUUUGAUCAUCAAGAAAAUCGAUUACGAAUCUGAGACGAUGGAAAUAUCUAAGGUUGAUGGGUGCCACCCAGCGCUGCUUUCUAUAUUAGAUCCAUUAUCAUCUCCUUUUGGCCUGCCAGAAGGCAGCAGCAGCCUUGAGAUAAGCUUUUUCAGUUGCUCCUCCAGCAGGACUCAUCGGCUUAUGAUGCCGGUCUCAUGUCUCAACAAACCCGGCCACCAUGUGUAUGCUGUGGCCUCUCACGACCAAAUCUCCGAUAUUCUCCCGCUGCUAGUUUCUUGCACUAAAAUGUUUAGCGCUUUGGCAGUGGAUUCUUGGCUACAACCUGGUGGUAGUAUUGAGCUGAAUUGGAAAGCGCCUAGCUGUAAACAGUGUGGAGCAGUCGGAGGAGACGGGUAUUGCUGGCUGGAGAACACCACCAAUUCACAGCAACUCGAGUGCUCUGCAGAAAAAGGUUUACACGACAUCUGGUUGAGUAUAGAAGAUAUAAGGCGAGAUAUACCACAUCUGUGGCAGGACUACAAAGAAGACAUCUGCGAUAUCAUUGGUUACGUUGGGUUAAGAUUUUUAUUUGGAUUUAUGUUACUAAUCGCAUUAGUGGUGUAUAAACUACGGAGGCGACACUUAUCUGCAUAUGACACCAUUGAAGACUACCUAAGUGGUCCAAACAAUAAUCUGAUGCCAAUAAGGUACAGUUACUCCGACAUCAAGAAGAUGACAAAAGGUUUCAAGCACAAGUUGGGAGAAGGAGGCUUUGGAACUGUAUUCAAAGGAACACUUCGAAGUGGCCCUUUCAUUGCUGUAAAGAUGAUGGGAAAAUCCGGGGCUAUAGGCAAAGAAUUCAUCAGUGAAGUCGCCACUAUUGGCAGGAUUCAUCACACCAAUGUGGUGCGACUCAUCGGCUUCUGUGUCGAAGGCUCGAAACGCGCAUUGGUGUACGAAUUCAUGCCUAAUGGUUCGCUAGAUAAGUACAUAUUCCCGAAGAAAGAAUGUCUUUUCUUGAGCUACGAGAAAAUGUUCGAGAUUUCCCUGGGAGUUGCUCGCGGGAUUGAUUAUUUGCAUCGGGGUUGCGACAUGAGGAUACUGCAUUUCGAUAUCAAGCCUCAUAACAUUCUUCUGGACGAGGAUUUUAGCCCGAAAGUCUCGGAUUUUGGGCUUGCAAGGUUGUACCCUACGGAAGGGACUAUACCCUCGCUUACCGCAGUGAGAGGCACAAUGGGGUACAUGGCACCCGAACUAUUCUACAGAAACAUAGGCGCAAUUUCUCAUAAGGCCGAUGUUUAUAGCUUCGGGAUGCUGAUAAUGGAAAUGGCAGGGAGAAGGAAAAACUUCAACCCAUUAGCGGAGCAGAAAAGCCAAAUUUACUUCCCCACGUGGGUUUACGAGCAAUUGAAAGAUGAAAAGUGCAUCUUUGAGAUGGGAGGUGCGACUAGGGAAGAGAACAUGUUGGUAAAGAAGAUGAUAAUGGUGGCACUUUGGUGCAUUCAGAUGAAGCCAGAAGAGCGGCCUAGCAUGAACAAAGUUGUGGAGAUGCUUGAAGGGGAUGUGGAAAUGGUAGAGGUGCCACCCAAACCAUUUCUAUCUCAUGAUGAAUUGCCAGUUGAUGAGAACUCCAUCGCUGAAACUCCGAGCUUAGACUCAUCGCUCUUUUCAUCAUCAAAUCACCCCUUGUGGUCCUCUAGUCUAGAGUCACAUAAAAACUAAAGAAUAUAAUAAUAUGUAUUUGAGUUUCCAUUGGUGUUGUAAUACAUAAAAUUGAAGUUAGUUGCUUUAAAUAUCUGGAUUUGAUAUCAUGUGGACAAAAAUGUGUUGAU